AUGCAGCUUUUCCUCAUGUUCCUCCUGUCGCAGCCAGUCGGCAUGAUGGUCGACAUGUUCGGGCCCCGGGCUGUCCUGGCCCCCACUUCCGUCCUGGCCGUCAUGGGCCUGAUUGGCCUCAGUUUUGCGCGGGAGUACUGGCAGAUCUUUCUUGCGCAGAGCCUCUGCUUCGGGCUGGGAGCUGCCGGCAUCUUCGUCCCGGGUCUGGUUGCUACGAGCCAGUACUUCAAGACGAAGAGGGCCCUUGCUGUUGGGGUUGUGGCUAGCGGAUCAUCAGCUGGCGGUGUCAUCUUUCCGAUAUUACUUGCUCAACUCUUCGAAAAGGUUGGCUUUGGCGCCACCAUACGAUGGACCGCACUCAUGGUGGGGGUGUUGUUGGCGAUUGCCAACAUCUUGGUUGUGCCGCCAAUGAAACCCAAGGGCUGGGCAGCACGCCGCAACAUCCUAAGUGUUGCUGUGUUCAAGAAGCCAUCGUACUUGUUCUUCGUCGGGGGCUCCUUCCUCUUCUUCUGGGGUCUUUUUGGGCCAUUCAACUACCUCCCUCUAUUCGCCGAACAGUCCCGGAACACGUAUUACAUUGGUCCCUACACAGUAUCCAUAGUCAAUGCCGCAUCGAUCUUUGGCCGCAUCCUCCCGUCCCUCUACUCGGACCGCAUCGGCCACUUGCGCGUCAUGGUCGUCUGCGCCUUUCUCUCUGGGGUCUCCACCUUGGCAAUCUGGUUACCCGUCAACUACCACCGCUCAGCGGGCGGUCUAAUAGUCUUCGCCCUGUUCUUCGGCUUCUUCUCCGGGGCCUUCGUGUCGCUCACCGCGCCGUGCCUGGUCGAGGUUGCAGGCGGACACACACAUGACCUUGGGGCGAUGCUGGGGACCUUCUUCGCCAUUGCUGCCGUGGCUUCGCUGACGGGCCUUCCGAUUCAGGGCGCCAUCUUGUCGGGCGUGGAUCUUAUGAGGCUGAUCGUCUUUUCCGGAGUGACCAUGUUGGCUGGCUCGGGCGCACUAUCUGGUGCGAUGAUCCUCACGAAUGGAAUCAAGGCACAGCAAGUGCAAUCGAAGACGUGA